CGCACCACCAAGUUAAAGGGUUUCUCUCUCUCCUCUUUUUUCUUUCUCUCACUUCCUCCAGGCGAGAGAAAGCUCCUUCCCUAAUCUCUCUUUUUCUCCAUCUAUCCCUACAGAAAACCCUAUCUUUCAUAUAUAUCAAGAUUUGUUUGAAUCUUGAUUUUACUUACUUUAGCUGUGUUCGUCAAUCGCCGAUUCAACUUUAAGCUUUUUGUUCGAUUUGAGCAAAAGAUAGAAACAAUCGAGGUAUGCAGGCUGAUCAGACGGCGUUGAGCUUGAGACCUGGUGGUGGAAAUCGAGGAAGAACUUCUGGCCCUCGCUUUGAUUCGUUGGCUUUCGGUUCUUCUGAUCUUCCUGCCCUUCGACCUCAUGGCGGUGCUGGCGUUCCAUCUCUUGCCGCCUUCAAGAACAAUGAUUCCCGAUUCGAGCUUCGUGAACGUGUUCGUUACACCAGAGAUCAGCUGUUACAACUCAGGGAGGUUGUAGAUAUACCCGAGGAGAUACUUAAAGUCAAACAAGAAGUGGAAACUGAAUUUUUUGGGGAGGCCCAAAACUGGACCAAAUCUGAAGGAACUGUGGCAGUUCCAGCUCAGCCACGCUACUCUGAGCCUGACAACCGGGACUGGCGUGGAAGAGCACCGCCUCCUGUGGAGGAGCGGUCUUGGGAUUCCGGUAGAGACAACAGAGACUUUGGUGGCCGGUCUGAUGGGAAUCAGUACAAUAGGCAAGAUUCCAACUCACAGUUUGGUAGAUCACAGGCUUCUCCUAACCAAGGGGGUCCUGCUCCUGCUCUUGUCAAAGCUGAGGUGCCCUGGUCAGUUCGGAGGGGGACUUUAUCUGAUAAGGAUCGUGUCUUGAAGACUGUAAAAGGUAUUCUGAACAAGUUGACCCCGGAAAAGUUUGACCUCCUCAAAGGUCAACUCAUCGACUCAGGAAUCACAACAGCUGAUAUUCUCAAGGGGGUUAUCUCGUUGAUAUUUGACAAGGCUGUUCUUGAGCCAACUUUUUGCCCAAUGUAUGCUCAACUGUGUUCAGAUCUUAAUACAAAGCUUCCACCAUUUCCAUCUGAUGAACCUGAUGGAAAGGAGAUUACAUUCAAACGUGUUUUGUUAAAUAAUUGUCAAGAGGCAUUUGAAGGUGCUGACAAACUGAGGUCAGAAAUAAGACAGAUGAAUGCCCCUGAACAAGAAUCUGAACGCAGAGACAAAGAACGAAUGAUUAAACUUCGCACACUUGGAAACAUCAAACUUAUUGGUGAGCUUUUGAAGCAGAAAAUGGUCCCUGAAAAGAUCGUGCAUCACAUUGUUCAGGAGCUUUUAGGAUCAGACAAUAAAAUUUGUCCAGAGGAGGAAAACGUAGAAGCAAUAUGCCAAUUCUUUAACACCAUUGGCAAACAACUAGACGAGAGUCUUAAAUCAAGGCGCAUUAAUGAUCUUUAUUUCAACCGACUCAAAGAGCUCACCACAAACCAACAACUAGCUCCACGAAUGAGGUUCAUGGUUCGUGAUGUCAUCGAUCUCAGAUCAAACAACUGGAUUCCAAGGCGCGAAGAGGUGAAAGCCAAGACUAUAACCGAGAUUCACACGGAAGCGGAGAAGAACAUGCGACUCCGCCCCGGUUCAACCGCGAGUAUCCGAAACAGCCGCGCGUUGGCUGCCGGAGCACAAGGAGGCGGCGGCGGUGGUUUCAACCGCCCGGGGGCAGGCGGUUUAAUGCCCGGAACACCCGGGAUGUCUCCCGGGCCCCGCAUGAUGCCCGGAACACCCGGUUUAGAAAACGAUAACUGGGAGGUUCAGAGGUCCCGCAACAUGCCUAGAGGUGGUGUUCAACAACAACCUUUACUCAACAAAACACCAUCACCAACUCAAAGAUUUCUCCCACAAGGCUCCGGCGGUUUCAUUAGCGGCAAAUCAAGCGCCCUGUUGCAGGGCAGCGGCGGUGGUGGUGGUGCCACUACUCCUGUUCCUGUAUCUCCAGCGAAACCGGCUCCGGCUCCGGCUCCGGUUGCUGCUGCUCCGGUGAAGGUGAAGAAUCCUGAUGAGUUGAAGAGGAAAACGGUUUCGCUUCUGGAGGAAUAUUUUAGUGUGCGGAUGCUUGAUGAGGCUCUACAGUGUGUGGAGGAGCUCAAAGCACCGGAAUAUUACCCUGAGUUUGUGAAGGAAGCGGUUUCGUUAGCAUUGGAGAAAAGCGCACCGUGUGUGGAACCGUUGGUGAAGCUGUUGGACCAUCUUGUUUCCAAAAAGGUUCUGACUCGAGCCGACUUGACCGCUGGGUGCACCGCCUACGGUUCGUUGCUGGAUGACAUCGCGAUUGAUUUGCCAAAAGCACCUGGCAAUUUUGGUGAGAUGAUGGGCCAUUUGGUGGUGUCUGGUGGGUUGGAUUUCAAGGUGGUGGGGGAUGUUUUGAAGUGUAUGGAGGAUGACUAUUUUCAGAAGUUGGUUUUCAUGGGUGUGAAAGGGGUUGUUGGGAGUGGGAUUUUGGAGGCACAGGCGGCUGAUGUGGCGGCGUGUGAGAGGCUGUUCUAGGUCUGUGAAAUGAAACCACAUGACAUGACAGGUGAGUCUGUAUAAUCGAUGAUGUUUUUGUUGAGGGGUUAUGAUAGGCAUAGUUGUUAUGUGUUUGGAAACAAAAAAAGGUGGACGAAUGUUGCCAUGAAUUUUGAGUUUUUCUUAAUUUUUGUUUUAUGUUUUAGUUUUUUGUGACUUUCGAGUUAAAUUUGAUUAUUGUUGAGACUUGAAAGUUCAUAAAAGGAACUGUUGUAUUUUAUUGAAAUCUCAAUUGUUUUCUUAUGAUUGGUUUUGGGU